GGGGGGCGCUGCCUCAGCAACUGCAGCCGCAGCCUAGACCGAAGGAGCCGCUCGGGGGGACAGCCCGGAGUCGGGGAGCAGCGAUGAGCAGCCACCCGGACCGCGAGUGCCCGCUGGACGGAGAUACACAUCCACAAGAGAUGAUUCCAAGUAAGAAGAGCGCUGUUCUCGUGGAUGGGGUUGUACUGAAUGGCCCCACGACAGAUGCAAGAGCAGGAGAAAAGUUUGUUGAAGAGGCCUGUAAGCUAAUAAUGGAAGAGGUGGUUUUGAAGGCUACAGAUGUCAAUGAGAAGGUUUGUGAGUGGCGGCCCCCUGAACAGCUGAAACAACUUCUUGAUUUGGAGAUGAGGGACAUGGGAGAGCCACACCACAGGCUGUUGGAGCUCUGCCAGGAUGUCAUACGCUACAGCGUCAAAACUAACCAUCCAAGAUUUUUCAACCAGUUGUAUGCUGGACUUGAUUAUUAUUCCUUGGUGGCCCGAUUUAUGACAGAAGCAUUAAACCCAAGUGUUUAUACGUAUGAGGUGUCCCCAGUGUUUCUGUUAGUGGAAGAAGCGGUUCUGAAGAAAAUGAUUGAAUUUAUUGGCUGGAAAGAAGGGGAUGGAAUAUUUAACCCAGGUGGUUCAGUGUCCAAUAUGUAUGCAAUGAAUUUAGCUAGAUACAAAUAUUGUCCUGAUAUUAAGGAAAAGGGGCUGUCUGGGUUGCCAAGAUUAAUCCUUUUCACAUCUGCAGAGUGUCAUUACUCUAUGAAGAAAGCAGCCUCCUUUCUAGGGAUUGGGACAGAGAAUGUUUGCUUUGUGGAAACAGAUGGAAGAGGUAAGAUGAUACCUGCGGAGCUGGAGAGGCAAAUCUGGCAAGCCAGCAAAGAG